AUGGCGACACAUACAAAGGUCCUCUUGGAGUGUUUGGAGGAUUUAAAAUCUGAGGAGUUCAAAACAUUCAAGUGGCACCUGUGUCAGCAAGAGAUCCUGGAACCCUUUAAAGCAAUCUCAAAGAGUCGACUGGAGAAUGCAGACAUAACAGACACAGCGGAUCAAAUGGUGAACAACUACUGUGCAAACACUGUAGAAGUGACCAAAAUCAUUUUCGGGAUGAUGCAAAAGAAUGAUCUUGUGGAACGUUUGUCAUCAUUACCCAACUCUGAAACUACAGUCUCCAGUGAUGUUCCACCUCCAUCUCCACCCCCGCCCUCCAGAAGGGUUCAGCCUACGUCUCAGACCCAUAGAGUGGUCUCGCCUCCACUCCUGUCCUCCAGAGGGGAUCGGCCUUCGUUUCUGGCCUCCAGGAAGGUCUUAACAGGACAAAAGAUGGCGACACUUACAAAGGUCCUCUUGGAGUGUUUGGAGGAUUUAAAAUCUGAGGAGUUCAAAACAUUCAAGUGGCACCUGUGUCAGCAAGAGGUCCUGGAACCCUUUAAAGCAAUCUCAAAGAGUCGACUGGAGAAUGCAGACAUAACAGACACAGCGGAUCAAAUGGUGAACAACUACUGUGCAAACACUGUAGAAGUGACCAAAAUCAUUUUCGGGAUGAUGCAAAAGAAUGAUCUUGUGGAACGUUUGUCAUCAUUACCCAACUCUGAAACUACAGUCUCCAGUGAUGUUCCACCUCCAUCUCCACCCCCGCCCUCCAGAAGGGUUCAGCCUACGUCUCAGACCCAUAGAGUGGUCUCGCCUCCACUCCUGUCUUCCAGAGGGGAGAGGCCUUCGUUUCUGGCCUCCAGGAAGGUUCGGACUUCACUUACACCCACCCCUAGGGUUUUGCUUCAACCACCGCCCUCCAGAAAGGUUCGGUCUUUGUCUCCAGGUUCCAUAGGGAUUCAGUCUUCGUCUCCAGGCUCCAUAGGGGUUCAGUCUUCGUCUCCAGGCUCCAUAGGGGUUCAGUCUUCGUCUCCUGCCUGCAGAAAGAUCGUAGGAGAGCAAAAGACGCUUCAAGAAAUCCUCUUGGAGUGUUUGGAGGAUUUAAAAUCUGAAGAGUUCAAAAGAUUCAAGUGGUACCUGUGUCAGCGGAACGUCCUGGAACCCUUUAAAGCAAUUCCAAAGGGUCGACUGGAGAAUGCAGAUGUAACAGACACAGUGGAUCAAAUAGUAAACAACUACUGUAUAAACACUAUUGAAGUGACCAGAAAGAUUUUCAGGAAGAUCAGUCAGAAUGAACUGGUGAAACGUCUGCCAUAUGCCAACUUCAAAACAGCAGAGAUUCUUGUUGAGUACCAGAUCAAAUUCAAGUCUAAUCUGAUGAUGAGGUUCGAGUGUCUGUUUGAGGGGAUUGCUAAAGCAGGAGAAUCAGCCAUUCUGAAUGAGAUCUACACAGAUGUCUACAUCACAGCAGGAGGGACUGCAGGGGUCAAUGACGAACAUGAAGUCAGACAGAUUGAAACAGCAUCCAGAAAAUCAGAUGGAACAGAAAGAACAAUCAGACAAGAAGACAUCUUUAAAGCCUCAUGUGUAAAAGAUAAAAAAAUCAGAACAGUGAUGACGAGGGGAGUGGCUGGCAUUGGGAAAACAGUCUUGACACAAAAGUUCACUCUGGACUGGGCUGAAAACAAAGAAAACCAGGACAUACAGUUCACAUUCCCAUUCACCUUCAGAGAGCUGAAUGUGGUGAAAGACAAAAAGUUCAGCUUGGUGGGACUUGUUCAUCACUUCUUUACUGAAAUCAAAGAAGCAGGAAUCUACAGGCUUGAAGAGUUCCAGGUUGUGUUCAUCCUUGAUGGUCUGGAUGAGUGUCGACUGCCUCUGGACUUCUGCAACAAUGAGAUCCUGACUGAUAUUACAGAGACCACUUCAUUGGACGUGCUGCUGACAAACCUUAUCAAGGGGAAACUGCUUCCCUCUGCUCGUCUCUGGAUAACCACCCGACCUGCAGCAGCCAAUCUCAUCCCUCCUGAUUGUGUCAGCGUGGUGACAGAGGUCAGAGGAUUCACUGACCCACAAAAGGAGGAGUACUUCAGGAAGAGAAUCAAAGAUGAGGAGCAGGCCAAAACAAUCAUUUCGCACAUCAAGACAUCUCGAAGCCUCCACAUUAUGUGCCACAUCCCAGUCUUCUGCUUGAUCACUGCUAAAGUUCUGGAGGAAAUGUUGAAAAGCAAAAAAAGAGAAGCACUGCCCAGAACCCUGACUCAGAUGUACAUCCACUUCCUGGUGGUUCAGUCCAAGCUGAAGAAUGUCAAGUAUGAUGGAGGAGAUGAGACCGAUCAGCCCUGGAGUCCAGAGAGCAAGGAGAUGAUUGAGUCUCUGGGAAAACUGGCUUUUGAGCAGCUGCAGAAAGGCAACCUGAUCUUCUACGAAUCAGACCUGAAAGAGUGUGGCAUCGAUAUCAAAGUGGCCUCAUUGUACUCAGGAGUGUUCACACAGGUCUUUAAAGAGGAGAGUGGGCUGUACCAGGACAAGGUCUUCUGCUUCGUCCAUCUGAGCCUUCAGGAGUUUUUGGCUGCUCUUCAUGUCCAUCUGACAUUCAUCAAGUCUGGAGUCAAUCUGCUGAAAACUUCCUGGUGGCCUGACAUGUUGCUCAAAGACAAAUCAACAAGUCUUUACCAGAGUGCUGUGGACACGGCCUUAAAAAGUAAAAAUGGACACCUGGACUUGUUCCUCCGCUUCCUCCUGGGUCUUUCACUGCAGACCAAUCAGACUCUCCUACGAGGCCUGAUAACACAGACAGGAAGUAGCUCAAAGACCAAUCAGGAAACAAUCAAGUACAUCAAGGAGAGGAUCGGUGAAAAUCUGUCUGCAGAGAAAAGCAUCAAUCUGUUCCACUGUCUGAGUGAACUGAAUGAUCGUUCUCUUGUGAAUGAGAUUCAAUGGUUCCUGAAAUCAGGAAGUCUCUCCCCAGACAAACUGUCUCCUGCUCAGUGGUCAGCUCUUGCCUUCAUUUUACUGUCAUCAGAAAAAGAUCUGGAUGUGUUUGACCUGAAGAAAUACUCUGCUUCAGAAGACGCUCUUCUGAGACUGCUGCCAGUGGUCAAAGCUUCAAAAAAAGCACAGCUGAGUGUCUGUAACCUCUCGGAGAGAAGCUGUGAAGUUCUGUCCUCAGUUCUCAGCUCCCAGUCCUCCAGUCUGAAAGAGCUGGACCUGAGUAACAACAACCUGCAGGAUUCAGGAGUGAAGCAUCUGUUUGUUGGACUGGAGAGUCCACACUGCACACUGGAAACUCUCAAUCUGUCAGGUUGUCAGAUCACAGAAGAAGGCUGUGCUUCUCUGGCCUCAGCUCUGAGUUCCAACCCCUCCUAUCUGAGAGAGCUGGAUCUCAGCUACAAUCAUCCAGGAGACUCAGCAGAGAAGCUACUGUCUGCUGGACUGGAGGACCCAGACUGGAAAUUGGAGACUCUUAGGAUGGAAAAUGGUGGAGAGCACAUGUUAAAACCUGGACUAAAGAAGUAUGCCUGUGAACUCACGCUGGAUACAAACACAGCACACAGAAAACUCAAACUGUCUGACAACAGGAAGGCGACACGUGUGAAAGAGUAUCAGUCAUAUCCUGAGCAUCCAGACAGAUUUGAAUUCUGUCCUCAGCUACUGUGUGCAGAUGGUCUGACUGGUCGCUGUUACUGGGAGGUCGAGUGGAGUGGAGAAGUUUAUGUAUCAGUGGCUUACAGAGGAAUUGGAAGGAAAGGAGACAGUAAAGACUGUAAGUUUGGAUGUAAUGAUCAGUCCUGGAGUCUGAAGUGCUCCAGAGGUCAUGGUUACUUUGUCCGGCACAAUGACAGGGAGACAUCUUCCUCCUCCUCCCCCUCCUCCUCCUCCUCCUCCUCCUCCUCCUCCUCUGUCUCCAACAGAGUAGCAGUGUAUGUGGACUAUCCUGGUGGUACUCUGUCUUUUUACAGAGUCUCUUUUGAUACACUGAUUCACCUCCACACCUUCAACACCACAUUCACUCAACCUCUGUAUCCUGGAUUUGCAGUCUCUCCUGAUUCUUCAGUGACUCUAUGUCCUCUGUUUGAGAGAGAGUCCACUCCUGUGUAG